CCUUUUCGUUUUCCCGCAUUACAGAAGAAACACGGAGGACCCACCGACACGGAGCGUCACGUGGGUGACUUGGGCAACAUCUUCGCAGAGGACAACGGCGUCGCACACAUCGCCAUACGCGACACGGUCGUGUCGCUGCACGGCAAGAACAGCAUCCUCGGUCGUGGAGUUGUCGUCCACAGCGACCAGGACGAUCUCGGUCGUGGUGGAUUCGCAGACAGUCAGACUACCGGACACGCCGGCACCCGCGUGGCUUGUGGAGUCAUCGGAAUUCUGUAAAUAUCUCAAAUAAAAAUUAUCGUGAAUUAGAAUUAAAACAUAUUGUAGAUCAAAGUUAUCAUGAACUAUAAAGGAAAUCUGCUAUAUAUCUCAGAUAUCUCUUAUAAUAUUCUACAAUAGUAUCUUUAGUCACAAGGACGGGAAGGGCCGUUUUGCAGGCGAGAAUGAUGUUCUCAUCUAGAAUUUCAUUCGAGCACUGCAAAAGAAAUUCACGUCCCACAAUAGUAUCUUUAGUCACAAGGACGGGAAGGGUCGUUUUGCAGGCGAGAAUGAUGUUCUCAUCUAGAAUUUCAUUCGAGCACUGCAAAAGACAUUCACGUCCAAGUAACUUACACUAUUUUUUGUCAUUAUAAUCUGAAAAAGAAUAAUUCAGAAACAGAAAACAUUACCUGCUGGUGCUGACACUACAAGCAUUUUAUAAACAUAACCUAGUUUAAAAGUUUUGAAUCAGGAAUUUCUUGAUUGUAGUUGACAAAACAUCCAGCUGGAGCGCUAAAAGGCUGCAGUUUUGCUGUUCCAAAUUCGGAACUAUAACUAUUUAUAGGAAACAUACUCGACUGUAAAGAAAACAUAUGAUUUUAUUACAGUAUAUUAUGCUGUAAUGAGAAUCAUAUGUUUAUUUGUUCUACAAUCAGCUGUUUACCGGCUUGAUUUCAUAAUUAUAAAACAGCUGAAAUUGAAUCACUAUGACAAAAAAAUAUUGUGCAGUAAAAUGAAUUUUUCUUAUAUCUCAGAUAAAACCUUGUUUUCGUUACAUUCAGAUCAUAUCACGUAUUUUCAUAAUUAAUUUUGUUCAUUAUAUUAUUGUUAACUUAAUUGAAUUCAUUCAUGGUUCAUUGAUGUAUUCAUUAUACUCUCUAGAAAGUAAUAAUUAUUGUUUUAGCAUGAAAUUCACGAUUUUUCGCUCAUAGCUAAUAAUUUAGCUUGAAUCUCCUUCUUGUAAAUUACCUGUUAGCUUUCGCUUUCUUUGAUUUGUUAUUCUAUUUUGGCUUUAGUUUUUUAUUCUCUUGUAUCUGUCUGUCAUUCACCAGUAAUUAUUUAUCACAUUUUGUAUUUUUUCUCAAAUUAUUUGUGGAACGCACAUACCCGAUUCUGUGAUGUAAUUGCUAUACGAAACACUAACAUUUCUAUGUAUAUAAACUUGAAAUUGAAGUUUGAACAUCAUUCAAACUUGAAAUAUUGUAAAUUAAUAUUUCGAAUAUGACUUGAAAUUAUUUAAAGUCUGUCACUCUUUAUAGCUAGUAAAGUUUUGAAACUCCACAUCUAUAAUCAUGUCUCUCUUGAAUGAUUUGAAAUAUCAGUACAAAGUAUUCUAAGGACAUUUUCCAUGUCAUUUCAAAGAUAAGAUCACAAAUUCAUUUACCUCUUAAGUUCAAUUGUAUUGCAUGAAGAAAUAAUCGAUAAUUUUCUUUUUCAUUGUUCUAUUUACGAGAUAUUGAUUAUCAUCAUGAUUAUUCAAAUACAUUAAUUAUUAAUAGUCAAUAAAGAAACACUUUUUAUUUAUAUCAUUGUGCCAUGACAUAUUAUUUAUGUAUGAUAAUCUAUUUUAUUAUUAAAUAAAUAUAUAUUUUAC